UUUCCUUUCGCGCCGGUCCGCGCAUCAUUAGUUGAAAUUCUGCCGCACGCUUUUCUCGCAACCACCGAAAAGUUUAUACAUCACAUACCAAUACAUAAAAAUAUAAAACAAAAGGAAUAAAAAGUGAAACGUAGCAUUUCUACGUAAGAGCACCGGCAGCUAACGGGACUUGCCGUUCUUCUUCGAAAAGCCCCUCUGCUUUUUUCUUUAUAAUUUCGCCGAAAACAUUUUCGAAUAAUUUGCAUGAAACAAGAAUCGAAUCGCAGUUCGACUAUUGCCAAUCAACAAUAACAAUAUUCGCAAAGUGCCAAAGCAUCGUAAAACAUUCGAGUCUGCAGCCGAAAAGGGAAAAUAGCUUGACAUAAAAUUUACAGUUACGUGGGAUUUACAACCGAGGAUGAGACGCACACAGACAACCCACACAGCCAAAGACCCACUCCCACACGCACACACACACACACAAACACAGUUACUUCAUCGCACAGCUUGAGUUCGUUUUGGGGGUGGGAGUGGAGUCCUUGAGGCUAGCAUCCAUCGUUGGGCAGGCUUACAAACAACCCCCAACUCGGCCUGAACGGAACUGAACUGAACGGCAAAAAAUAACCGUCAACAAAAAACAAACAAACACAGAGGCCCAGGAAGUGUGCCUGCGUGUGGGUGUGUGUCCGUGUUCGUAUCCGUGUAUGUGUGCGCCGUAUAGGUUUACCGUUGGGUCCGCCUUUCAUCUCGCUCGCACAAUAAAAGGAGGCGUAAAGGAAGGAUAUUAUGAGGCGGCAGACAACGUCGGCCGCAUUUGCGAAUAAGUUACGCCAGCAACUAGAAUCCGUCCAUUUCGACUAAGACUAACGGAACUGAAGGAUGUUCGGGUCCAAGCUGCGCUCCUGGAUGGAGACGCACAUCGUGCGUCCCCGCAAGAAGGGCAGCAAGCAUAAGCAAGCCGCCGCAGAGGCGGGCAGCUCCAGUUCCGGCCAUGGGAACGGAAAGAAGGCGGGCACCCUGCCCCCGCAAGGAAGCAAUCUCACCAGUCCGGUGCUGACCAGCAGCGGCAGCCACAGCAUCGCCAGCCCGGUGCGGAGGCGCGAAGUGUCGCCUAUUCAGUUUCACCCCCCGAAUCGUCGCUAUGGCUGGCAAUCCCCGGAUGACGACUCGUUCGCCAUUACUUCGCCCAAGUCGGACAACUUGCUGUACGCCCCCAACUGCUAUCAGCAGCCCCUGCAGGCCCAGCAGCCAACACAUCACCUGAGCGUGCCGAACAGCAAGGACAGCUUUGGCGCCGACAAGUCGCCCAUCCGGGUCAACUGCUCCUCGUCAUCCAUAUCGUCGUUGUCUUGGUCUACCGGCUCCAAGGAGCCCUCUUCUGGGAGGCAGGCCACCUUUAGGGAGCAGCCUUCCAAUGGGGAUUAUCACAUCCCACCCGAGGAGGAGGUGGAGUACGAAGAGGUGGGCGCUCUGCUGCUCCGCCCUCCGCCUCCCAUAGCGGAUCAUCAGCGGCCACAAUCCGAGAACCUAGGCGCCAUGCGACUCAUCUACGAGGAUGAGCCAGUCAGGCAGAGCAGCAACCAUGUGCGCUAUGGCCGUCUUUUGCCCUCAAAGCUGGCGCCAGCGCAGCUGGGCAGCGAAUCUCUGGACAACUUGACCAGUACGCCGCCCAUACCACCUGCUCCGCCCGCAGGGUCACGGAUGCGGACUCCGCGGGGGGUGCAGCGCAGCAACUUCAUGCCAGGACCACGGCCCCACAGCCUGCCCUCGCCGGAGAGCGCCUACUCCACGGGCUACUCCACCGACGGCACCUCGCCGUGCGCGGCCAGCACCAACAACCCGCCAGAGUACUACAUCAACAUGCGUUCCGGCACCCACUACUUCCCCAAGAGCGUCAACUCGCUGGCCAUCGAGGCGCAGCGCUACAAGUUCGGCCUGAACCGCAUCGAGGAGAUGUCGCCGAUGGAUCCGUUGCCCAAGAGCAGCUUCGGCCUGGAGGCAUCGCCCAGUCCGCUGGCCCUUCGCCAGCAGCCGAAGCUCUUUGAGUCUCCCUCGCCGAGACAGCGCUGUCGCAUAAGGACCAAUCCCUGGUAUAACACAGGAGAGCACUUACCAGCCCUGUCGGGCCCCGCGCGCAUGGAGCUGGAUGCCACCAGCACCACCUCCACCACCUCGUCGGGCAUUAAGUCGAGCAAUGAGCUGGAAGUUCCGACUGCGGCGGCCAAAACAACAGCAAACAAAGCCACCCCCAGCGGCAGGGGCACUCCCAGCAAGUCGCCCCGAGUGGGUGUGGACAUUGCUGGCGGUGGGGUUUGUGGUGCUGGUGCUGGUGGUGUGGUUGCACCUGGAACAGGAGUCGCUUACGAGUCCGAGGGCUCUUCGUCGUCGACUGAAGUGGAAAAUCUGCAUGCCCCGCACACCAUAAAGCGACGUCACUUGGAGCAAGUGGAGACGACAACCACUUCGGCUCCUGUGGCAGCUGGCGGGGGGACGGGUGCCACCACCACCUCCUUUGUGCUCAGCGACGACGAGGCCACCCUCAACGAGAUGAUUGGGAAGUUUGACGAGAGCUACAUCUACGAGAAGGAGACUGACAUACUCAGCAGUGACUCGGAUCCCACUGACUGCUGUGCCUCGGAGUUGGAUACUGGACAGGAUGCGGGCGAUGAGUGCGACACGGACGAGCUGUUGGACAUCGACUUUAUAGACACAUCAUCCAUGCAAGAAGUGGUCCUGGAUCGGCAGGAUCUGGCACGUAAUCUGGGAAGCUGUCACUAUUACCCCCACCAGCCCAUGAGCCCCAUGCUGAAGCGGAAGUCGUCAACGCGUUCGAGGCGCAAGAGCGGCCAGGAGACGGUCGAUGGCUCUCAGCAGCGGCGACGCAAGCGGUUCCUAAAGACGCGCAAGAAGAGCUGCGAGAACCGCGAGAAGCUACCGUUCUCGCCACUGAGUGAGCCUCGUGGAACUCGCAGCGUGGGAGGCACGCCCGUCUGCUUGCGCCGCAAUCUCCUGGGUCCCAGGGAGAGGAUCUACAAGACUUCGCCGUUGUCGAAUCGCUCCAAUUCGCUUAUCUUUGGUAGCGUUAAUGAAAAGAACUCGCUCACCAUCGCAGAGAGCGAGAAGGCCCUGCUCAAAGCCGACCUGGAGGCUGACAUGAAGUACAAGCAGCUCAUCAUGGAGGCCGAGUCGUUGCUGGAGUCCAUGAAGAACAGCUUGCAAAGCAUUCCCAGAGACACACCCGUUGCCAGUCCACGGCGCUUGAACCCCUUGGCUAACAAGCGCGUCGAGAUGCUUAAGCACAGUGAGGUGGACUCAAAGAAGCAGGCUCCGCCCCCCAACAGCACCCCGCUGGAGCAUGAACUGGCCGCCGCGAUCAAUAAGCGCAUCGAGAUGCUCAAGUUUGAGACCUCGGGUGCUGCUGCCUCGCCACCCAACAGCCCCAAGCCGGGGCGCUGCAGUCCUCGCAAGACGCAUCUGACCAACUUCAUGAACCAGAACGCUCCACCGGAGCUGCCGCCGCGCAAGGCGAACAACGGCAAUGCCCCCAAGGCGCCGCUCUCGCCUCAGUUGCAGCUGAAUGGCAGGCGUCUCCAGGAGAGUCCCAAGGGCAAGCGGCGAACCAUGAUGGUGACAUCGACCACCACGACUACAGUGAUCAGCUUCAACGGCAGCGACUCGGAGAUGGAGUGCUGCGUGGCUGUGGAAGAUGUGGGCAAUCACAACUACUUGCAGGAUCAGCCGAAGCCGAAAGUCAAGCUGGAUACCCAAGCCCAGAGUCAGCUGCAGGCCGAGUCCCUGAUCAACAACAAUUUCUAUUGCCCGCACAGCGAGCCACUGAAGCGCAAGGUCUACAAGGGUAGCUCCUCGUUCGAGCGGAUCAAGAAGAACUUUGACUUGGAGUUGGAGGCAAACGGGCGGAGCAAGUCACACGAGCGCUCGCAGCUUAAGCUCUCCGCUUCUGUGUCGGCAAAAAGCUCCAUGCAAGACGUGACACUGGACGAGGCCAAGGGACGACAGGUGGCAAUGGGAGGCGGCAGCAAACAGCAGCUCAUACUGAACACGAUUGUGGAUCUGAAGCGGAGCUUGGAGCACCAGAGCCAUCAGCUGAGUGGCCUGAACGGUGAAUAGAACUGAGUGAACUGACUACUAGGGCUAAGAUCGUCAUCAUCGCACGUAACCAUCACGCAUAAUCUAGACCGUAAUGAUAACUAAGUUAAACCAAGUCCAACCGAAUCCCUCAGACUAGACACGGCAACUGAGCGCAAUAACUUUCUAGCUGAUAAGAGAAGACGACUAUUUACAUUGAUGGAAACACUCGGCGAGUGCCAAGUAACAGGAACUAUGGACUGUAGCAGAAAGUUAUUACUUAUUAUCAAAUAUCUGUAGAAUUUGUAGUGAAUUGUUUGUAAUGUUUGUUUAUUUUAACCUUUUUGUUGCUUGAUUCAUUCAUAUUAUUAAUUUUCUAUUGUUUUUCUAUAUCGUAUAUAAUAUAACUUUUCUUUUUUCACUUAGAACGGAUGUACCAAGCGGAGAAUGUGUUUAGAACACCGACUCCCUGGUUGUCCGGCGUAACUAUCUCAACAUACUAACCAGCCCUAGCUUGAAUACGUUGCUCUUAGUCAAUAACUCGUAAUACUCCUUAGUUCCACGUCGAAAUUCCUCUCUUUUUCGAUGCAUAUCUACGCGUACACUUAGAGAACUUAACUUAACUUAUGGUAGAACCUCUCACACUUAACCAUUAUCAGCAUUAUCGUCGAACAUUCGGCCGUGUAGUCCUUUAAGUAAAGCAUAUAUUAUCCAUCCAAACUGAAAAUUGUUUAGCCAAAUUGUUUGUACGUAGUUUAAUGGAGAAGAAAAGACAUUGUUCCACUGUUCUGUUUCCUUAGUUAAGUAAAUGAAGGUUGAUUCUGUUCCCAAUGCCAGACAUUGGUUGAAGCUGGCGUUGGCUUAUAAUGAUUGUAAUUGGUUGUAAUUUGGAUUUAUAGAGUUAUGUAUUGUGUUGUGUCCAAUUAAUAUGCAUAUAGACGCUAUAGAACCCACACAGAGCAUACAUACAUACAUAAUCUAAGUCAAUACUGUAACGUGAUAAUAAACUUAAUGAAAACCCCAAGACCAAACACCAAG